AGCCCUCGCUGUGGCAGCUGCGGGAGCGGCUGCCGCCUCGGGAGCGGGAGGAGAGGCAGCCGCGGAGCGCCGAGCCGGCCGCGCCCCGAGGCCGGGCCCUGGGGGUGGAGAACCGCGCAGAGGAGCUGGAAACUUUCCCUGCAGGAGUUGACUGUUGGGGAAGAGCGUCUCUAAGGAAAAAGGGCAGAAGAGAGAAUUGUGAACUGAGCCUCUCCUCUUCUUUUUCUGGUGAAUGAGAAGUUACCGAAAAUAGAAACAAAAGAGUGUUGAAAAUGUUAAAGGCUGUGCUGAAGAAGAGCCGAGAGGGAGGAAAGGGAAGCAAGAAGGAAACAGGAGGUGACUUCGGUCCAGAGACUUCUCCAGUCCUGCCCCCUGGCCAUGGAGGUGACUCUUCUUUGAGCAGUCUUCCUGUAGCAGAGGACACCUAUAGGGUGAGCUUGGCCAAAGGUGUCUCCAUGUCUCUGCCUUCAUCACCUUUGCUGCCUCGACAGUCUCAGUUGGUGCAAUCAAGAUCAAACAAAAAAUCCCCAGGUCCCGUCAGGAAGCCCAAGUAUGUGGAAAGCCCCAGAGUGCCUGGAGACGCAGUUAUAAUUCCGUUCAGAGACGUGUCCAAGCCAGCAGAGCCCAGUGAGAAUGAAGCAAAGGCCGAUAAUGAACCGAGCUGUUCGCCGGCAGCUCAAGAACUGUUGACAAGGCUGGGAUUUUUACUGGGAGAAGGGAUCCCGAGUGCCACACACAUAACCAUUGAAGACAAAAAUGAAACCAUGUGCACAGCUCUGAGCCAAGGCAUUAGUCCUUGCUCCACACUAACAAGCAGCACCGCAUCUCCUAGCACCGAUAGCCCCUGCUCAACCUUGAAUAGCUGUGUCAGCAAGACGGCAGCCAACAAAAGUCCCUGUGAGACCGUUAGCAGCCCUAGUUCCACCCUGGAAAGCAAGGACAGUGGAAUUAUAGCCACAAUUACAAGUUCAUCCGAAAAUGAUGACCGGAGUGGCUCCAGUUUGGAAUGGAAUAAAGAUGGAAGCCUAAGGUUAGGGGUUCAGAAGGGAGUGCUUCCUGAUCGCAGGGCAGAUAACUGCUCCCCAGUGGCAGAAGAGGAGACCACUGGGUCAGCGGAGAGCGUGCUGCCCAAAGCGGAAUCCGCAGCUGGAGAUGGUCCGGUCCCUUAUUCUCAGAGCUCCAGCUCACUAAUAAUGCCACGGCCCAACUCAGUUGCAGCAACAAGCUCAACCAAAUUGGAAGAUCUGAGCUAUUUAGAUGGGCAGAGAAAUGCUCCUCUACGAACGUCGAUUAGAUUACCAUGGCACAAUACGGCUGGAGGUAGGGCACAGGAAGCUAAAGCGCGAUUUGCUCCCUACAAGCCACAAGACAUUUUGUUGAAACCCCUGUUGUUCGAAGUACCGAGCAUAACGACAGACUCUGUGUUUGUGGGAAGAGAUUGGCUCUUUCACCAGAUAGAAGAAAACUUGAGGAACACAGAACUGGCAGAAAAUAGAGGAGCAGUGGUUGUUGGAAAUGUGGGAUUUGGGAAGACGGCGAUCAUUUCCAAGUUGGUGGCGCUGAGCUGCCACGGAAGCCGCAUGAGGCAAAUUGCUUCCAACAGCCCCAGUUCAUCACCGAAAGCCUCGGACCCUGCCCAGGACCUUCCUUUCACUCCAUUGCUUUCACCGAGUUCUUCUACAAGUGCUUCCAGCACAGCGAAAACUCCUCUUGGAGCUGGGUCUGGUACUCCGGAACACCAGAGACCGAGAGAGGAUGCGGUGAAAUACCUCGCUUCUAAGGUGGUGGCCUACCACUACUGCCAGGCCGAUAACACGUACACGUGCCUGGUGCCGGAGUUCGUGCACAGCAUCGCGGCUUUGCUCUGCCGGUCCCAUCAGCUGGCCGCCUACAGAGACCUUCUGAUAAAGGAGCCCCAGCUGCAGAGCAUGCUGAGCCUCCGAUCCUGUGUGCAGGACCCAGUGGCAGCUUUCAAGAGGGGAGUGCUGGAGCCGCUCACAAGCCUGAGAAACGAGCAGAAAAUUCCUGAAGAAGAAUACAUUAUUUUGAUAGAUGGCUUAAACGAAGCUGAGUUUCAUAAACCUGAUUAUGGAGAUACACUUUCUUCAUUUAUUACGAAAAUUAUUUCUAAAUUUCCUGCGUGGUUGAAGUUGAUUGUGACCGUCCGAGCAAAUUUUCAGGAGAUCGUAAGUGCGCUGCCAUUCGUCAAGCUUUCCUUGGAUGACUUUCCGGACAACAAAGACAUCCACAGCGACCUGCACGCCUAUGUCCAGCACAGGGUCCACAGCAGCCAGGACAUCCUCAGCAACAUCUCCCUGAACGGCAAGGCCGACGCUGCCCUCAUCGGGAAGGUGAGCAGCCACCUGGUGCUGCGGAGCCUUGGCUCCUACCUGUACCUCAAGCUCACCCUGGACCUCUUCCAGAGGGGACACUUGGUCAUCAAGAGUGCCAGCUACAAGGUGGUGCCCGUGUCUCUGUCGGAGCUCUAUCUGCUGCAGUGUAACAUGAAGUUCAUGACCCAGGCUGCCUUCGAGAGAGCACUUCCGAUUCUCAACGUGGCCCUUGCGUCCCUCCAUCCCAUGACGGACGAGCAGAUCUUUCAGGCUAUUAAUGCUGGCCACAUCCAGGGGGAGCAGGGGUGGGAAGACUUCCAGCAGAGGAUGGACGCCCUCUCCUGCUUCCUCAUUAAGAGGCGAGACAAAACCCGCAUGUUCUGCCACCCGUCCUUCAGGGAGUGGCUCGUCUGGAGAGCGGACGGGGAAAACACAGCCUUCCUGUGUGAGCCCAGGAAUGGGCACGCUCUCCUGGCGUUCAUGUUCUCGAGACAGGAGGGCAAGCUGAACCGCCAGCAGACCAUGGAGCUCGGCCAUCAUAUCCUGAAGGCACACAUUUUCAAGGGCCUCAGUAAGAAGACAGGAAUCUCUUCGAGCCAUCUCCAAGCCCUGUGGAUCGGUUACAGCACCGAGGGGCUGUCUGCCGCCCUCGCCUCUCUCAGGAAUCUCUAUACUCCCAAUGUGAAGGUGAGCCGUCUCUUGAUUUUGGGAGGCGCCAAUGUGAACUACAGGACAGAAGUGUUGAAUAAUGCCCCAAUCCUGUGCGUCCAGUCUCACCUCGGCCACGAGGAAGUUGUCACUCUGCUCCUGGAAUUCGGUGCCUGCCUGGAUGGAACGUCGGAGAACGGCAUGACCGCCCUCUGCUAUGCAGCAGCUGCGGGCCACAUGAAGCUGGUGUGUCUGCUGACCAGGAAGGGAGCAAGGGUAGACCACUUGGAUAAGAAGGGCCAGUGUGCACUUGUCCACAGCGCACUGCGGGGCCACUGCGACGUUCUCCAGUAUCUGCUGACCUGUGAGUGGUCGGCAGGUCCUCCCCAGCCAGGCACACUGAGGAAGAGCCAUGCCCUGCAGCAGGCGCUGACAGCGGCCGCCAGCAUGGGCCACAGCUCGGUGGUCCAGUGCUUGCUGGGAAUGGAAAAGGAACACGAGAUAGAAGUUAAUGGCACCGACACGUUGUGGGGAGAAACAGCCCUGACUGCUGCUGCGGGAAGAGGGAAGCUGGAGGUCUGUGAGCUGCUGCUGGGGCGUGGAGCUGCUGUGUCCCGGACGAACAGGAGAGGGGUUCCACCCUUGUUCUGUGCAGCACGCCAGGGACAUUGGCAGAUUGUUAGGUUGCUGUUGGAACGCGGCUGUGACGUGAACCUAAGUGACAAGCAGGGCCGGACGCCCCUCAUGGUGGCUGCUUGUGAAGGGCACUUGAGCACGGUGGAAUUCCUCCUUUCAAAAGGUGCCGCCCUUUCUUCUCUGGACAAAGAGGGCCUGUCAGCGUUGAGCUGGGCGUGUCUGAAAGGUCACAGGGCGGUGGUCCAGUACCUGGUUGAGGAAGGAGCUGCGAUAGACCAGACAGACAAGAAUGGCCGCACGCCCUUGGACCUGGCUGCCUUUUAUGGUGAUGCCGAGACUGUGCUGUUUCUGGUGGAGAAGGGAGCCGUGAUUGAGCACGUGGACCACAGCGGGAUGCGUCCCCUGGACAGAGCCAUUGGUUGUCGAAACACAUCUGUCGUGGUUACGCUACUCAGAAAAGGAGCCAAAUUAGGAAAUGCUGCCUGGGCGAUGGCCACUUCCAAACCUGAUAUUUUGAUUAUACUUUUACAGAAAUUAAUGGAGGAAGGAAACGUGAUGUACAAAAAAGGGAAGAUGAAAGAGGCAGCCCAGAGGUACCAGUAUGCCUUACGGAAGUUUCCUCGAGAAGGAUUCGGAGAGGACAUGAGACCGUUCAAUGAGUUGAGAGUUUCGCUCUAUCUCAAUUUGUCUCGAUGCCGACGAAAAACAAACGACUUCGGCAUGGCAGAAGAAUUUGCUUCCAAGGCUCUUGAAUUGAAACCCAAGUCCUAUGAAGCCUUUUAUGCCAGGGCAAGAGCAAAGAGAAAUAGCAGGCAAUUCGUGGCAGCUCUGGCUGACUUGCAGGAGGCUGUGAAACUCUGUCCUACCAACCAGGAAAUCAAGAGGCUUCUGGCCCGUGUAGAAGAGGAAUGUAAACAGCUCCAGAGGAGUCAACAGCAGAAACAGCAGGGCCCACCCCCAGCUCCACCCAACGACUCAGAUAAUGAAGAGGAUGCCCCGACCUGCGGGUUAAACGACCACUUUGAUCUUGAGGAGGCUGAAGAGGAAGAAACUUCUCCACAGGAAGAAUCUGUUUCCCCGACUCCCAGGCCCCAGCCGUCCUCAUCUGUCCCCUCCCCAUAUAUCCGAAACCUUCAAGAAGGACUGCAGUCCAAAGGACGGCCAGUGUCCCCCCAGAGUAGGGCGGGAAUCAGCAAGCCCCUGAGGGAACCCGUAGCCCAGCCAGGGCUGGUCAUGCAGCCCACCAAACAGGCACAGAUAGUGAAAACCAGUCACCAUCUGGGUUCUGGACAGUCUGGCGUGAGAAGCAGCAGCACAAAGAUGCAAAUCUCUUCUCAGAAUCCUCCCCCGAGUCCCAUGCCAACUAGAAUCGCUGCAGCUCCUGCUGGGAGCAGAAACCAGCAUUUAGAGGGAACGGGCGCUUUCACUCUAGGAGCUGCUCCUGGCCACUUUGGGGAUCGGCUGGGCCCCAGCCAGAGUGUCCACGUGCAGCGCAGUGAGAGUGGCACUGCAUACCCUUUACCGAGCAAGGUAAAAACUGCAGAGAGGCUUCUGUCUUACGCCUCCAUGGCCGUGGACGUAGCCCCUCCAAACCAAGGUGGGCCAGCAAGCUGCAGUGACGUGCGACACCCAGCUUCCCUCACCAGCUCAGGCUCCUCUAGUUCUCCAUCCAGCAGCAUAAAGAUGUCAAGUUCAACCAGUAGUUUGACUUCAAGCAGCAGUUUUUCAGAUGGCUUCAAGGUCCAAGGACCGGAUGUUCGAAUUAAAGACAAGGUUGUAAGCCAGGUUCAGAGCGGUACAGCAGAGCACAGACCUCGCAAUACUCCAUUCAUGGGCAUCAUGGACAAGACCGCGAGGUUCCAACAGCAGAGCAAUCCUCCGAACCGCACCUGGCACUGCCAGGUGGCAGAGGGGCUCCUGACAAACACAUCUGCAGCUGGCCUGCAGUCCCCGAACUCUGAGAAGCCCUCUCUCAAACAAGGAGGAGGAUAUAAUAGCCAGGCAAAACCCUGUCCUGUUUCUACCCUGAGUGGAAGUGUCCACAAUGGGGCACAGGUGAAGGAGCUAGAUGAAAACAAGUGCCAAAUUCCAGUCCACUGUCAAGAGAACAGGAUAACUAAGACUGUCUCUCAUCUGUGUCAGGAAAGUAUCUCCAAACAGCAGCCUCAUAUCAGUAAUGAAGCCCACAGGAGCCACCUCCCUUCAGCGAAACCAAAGAGAUCGUUCAUAGAGUCAAACGUGUGAGCCUUAAGAGAGACCCAUUCAGAGAAUGUGGAAAAGUGUAUUAGCUCCCGGUGGUAAUAAUUAAAUGUUUUUUUCAUCCAAAAAAUUAUUUUUUAGCCAGUUUCUUUUUUCCUCUGGGGCAGAUCUGAUGCCAUUGAUAUAUUUAAAAUGUGGGAUAAACUUCCUUAAAUAGCUAGAAGUCACCAUAAAUAAAAAUGCUAAACAAUUAAAAACUAUAAUUAACUGUACCUAUCAAGAUAAACAUUUAAGACAGCCAGGAAGACAUUAAGUCAUGCUUUUCUCCUAUGAAAUUAUUUGGUGUUUAUCACUUUUCUCCUAGCCUUUGCUAUAUGGUAAAUUCACAGUAUUAGAGAAUAAAAAAGUCUAUUGGUAAAGAGUGAUAGGUUUAUUAAUUAUUCACAUAAUAUCUAAGUGAUGUAUUCUGGAAAAGAUGGACUUUUCCAGUUACAGUUCCACUGAGACAAAUCCCAAUUUAUAUAAAAAAUUAAGAUCUAAGUGAUUUCUAGCUGAACAUAAGCGUGACUACAAACAUAAUAUAGCUGUUUUUUUUAAGCAAAAUAAGAGGACACCCAAAUAUUGUUCCCUUCAUAGCAGUUCCUUUAAUAAGAUUAAACACUUGUUUCUGUUAUGGUUCUUAAUCAAAAUGUUUUUGUAGCACCUUUUUUGGAAGGAACUAUAUUCAUCCUUGAAGGUGUUUCUGAUAUUUGGAAACAGUAUAAGCCAUUUAGAGUCAUGACUGGUGGGUGGUCAAGUGGAUCUGAGCUAAAAUACUAAGACCAGCAGCAUUCUUAGUGGCACUUACAAAUUAGCUCUCAGCUGGGUCCCAUACUGCUUUUUAGCAAUGAUAGUGCUGGAACAACCCUUCCAAGGUCCUUUAAGGACAGCGGUUAAUUUGGAUACUUAAGGUAUGGUUGGUUGGUUGUUGCUUUUGUUUUGUUGUACAAUCAGUACUUUAUAUUAAUAGUCACAUGUUGUAUAUAUUAAAUAGCCUAGUUUUAUUCAGAACUGUAAAUAUAACUAGUUCAAAUUAGUUAAUCUAAAAACAAAACCCCAGUCAUAUAUUUGCAUGUUCUUUGUGAGCUUCGUCCAUGCUGGUUAUUGCACUGAAUGAUAUAUUAUUAUGGCAUGUUAACAGUAUACCAAUAACGGCACUUUAUCUCGUUUAUAUGAACACCUUUGAGGUGCUUCUUAAGUCCAAACUGAUGUAUUAUUCAUUUGUAAAGAUAAGGUACAGGAAUGAACCUUGGUCUAAAGGUAUUUUUAUAUGAAAAUGGUGUUAUUGGAGGAUGUUAAAAUGCUAAUUUGAGAGGAGUGGGAGUGUAUUCGUUUUAUAUGUUGGGAUGUGAAAUUUAUUUUCUAGAAUUGGGGAGAAGGAAGUUCUAUAUUUGCAGAAUGUUUUAAAAAUGAAUAGUCGUAAUGAAGUUCCUGUGAACAUCAUUACGGUUUUGUACGAAUAGGAACCUUCUGGUGUCAUUCAGCAUUUGUUCCUGAGUGUGUAUGUACAGUGUACUUUGUACAAACAGCUUUAUCUUUUUUAUAGGCUUUCCCCGAGUUCUGCUAUAACUACUAUGGCUUAUUUAUUGUUUCCUUUAAUAUUUGUGAAAGUCUUACUCUUUUGUUAUGUAGUUUUGUUUCUGCACAACUACUGUACCUUUCCAUAUGGAAUAAAGACUUAAUAA